AUGGAUAAAGUCAAAACCACCAAAGACACCCAGGAGAAGAAGGAGAGCCAACCUAUGAACGUCGAGGAGUACCAGAAGAAAUGGGACCAGAUGCUUCAAGACACGGCCAAGCAGAUCGACAAGAUUCGAGAGAAUGAGCUAGCGAGAAAGUCAAACCAAAACUCGCAGCGUUGA